GCUGUUCAACGGGAAGAAAAAAAAUUACGGUUUAGUUACAGUUCAUAGUUAUGCUGCAUUUGCGAGUCUUGUUGUUGGCAGAGUGCCAGGGACUUGGCCACUCAGAUGAUAAACAGCGGGGUCUCCCUGAUUCCAUUCUCUGUAACUACGAACUCGCGAGACACCCGGGACUCCCUCCAGAGUGUGUUACGUAUCGCUGAACUACAGGGUGAAACACGAAUCAUCAUUUGUAGUCCCAAAGAUAAACACGAUCGCCUUAUUAGAGACGUCUUACUGGAAGCAAAGCGCUUUGAUCUGAUUGGAAAGGACGAGAGUAUCUUCAUGGUAACUGAACCGACGUCUACAAUACAUGCCUUAGCCGGAAAUAACUUUUUCAAGCUAGGCCUGUACAACGCGCGUUGUAUGAUCCUCGCCUUCCGCUUUGUUCCGCCUCACAGAGAGGGGCGUGGUAAGUUCGACAUCCACCAGGCAGCAGCCAAUGAUUCGGGACGGGUCGUGCAGGAGGCCCUCAAGAUGUUCUUUGUGGAUAACAAGGACAAGUCCAAGCUUAGACUUUCCAGUAGAGAACUGAUCAGUUACAUGAAGAAGGUCGAGAUACAAGGAGACACGGGCUGGAUCCAGUUCAACAAUACAGGUCAGAGAGUUAACUACACGUUGGAUCUCUACAACCAUGGAGGGGCUAAUGUCUUCAGCAAGGUCGCCCAUUGGAAGCCUACAAAUGUCUCCAGCCGAUCAGACCGACAACCAGGAGAGAUCGAACUGGGCACGGACACGGAUAUCAGCCGUGAGGACAGCAAGAUAGGCAUUUUCCCGGACAUUGUCAAGGUGGUGACUGUAGUGGAGAAACCUUUCGUUAUCAAGCGAGACAAUGACUUUGUAGGCUUUACCAUAGACAUCCUCAACCGGCUGGCCAAAAUGUUACACUUCCAGUAUGAGAUAUAUGUCAGUCCGGGUAACAGAUAUGGUGUUAAGGACAAUGAUCAAGAUCGCUGGGACGGAAUGAUCGGAGAGAUCCUUAACGGGAACGCUACUCUGGCCAUGGGCGCCAUCUCGAUUACCUCGCAGCGGGAGCAGGUAGUGGACUUCAGUCUCGGUGUCAUUAGCACCGGUAUCGACAUCCUCAUACCUAAACCAAAUGAAACCUUCACCAUAUUCCAGUUUUUCAAACCCUUCUCGCCUAACCUCUGGCUCGCUAUCGUCGGAUCUUUCCUCUUGGUGUCCUUGGUGUACUUCGCCCUGGAUUACGCCUAUGACAUUCGCCAGUUUACCAUGAAGGAAACCUUCUGGUUCUCAGUGGGGACGUUGAUGAGAAGAGACACGGACUUCUCCCCGCGCCACUCCUCACAGCGAAUACUGUCGGCAGGUUUCACCUUUUUCGUCCUCAUCACUGUGUCUACCUACACAGCCAACAUGGCCGCCUUCCUGACGACGACGAAUAUCGAAGAGACCAUCGAGUCGCUGGAGGACCUGGCUAACACAAAGAACGUCCACGUCUACACGGUAGCGGACUCGGCCACCAUGAACUUCCUGAAGCGGGGUACCAAGCCGGUGUACAAUCGUCUCUGGCAGAAGAUUAAGAGCCACUCGGGGCUCCUAGCCAACGCCAGCGAAGCUAUCAAAAUUGUCCAGGACGGCAAAGGUGUUUUUGUGUUCGAUUACCUGAUCAAUCAGUACGCGGAGAUGCAGGAAUGCAAAACUCGCUCCGUGGCCUCACCCAUUAUGUUACAGGAACAUGGCAUCGGGAUGCCGGCGGGUGCACCCUUCAAGAGUAAAAUAGACAUUGCCCUCUUGAAGAUGAUAGAAGAUGGAACCAUAAGAAACCUCCGGAAAAGGUGGUGGUACGACAAAAGGCGAUGUGACCCGCUAGGCAAGUCGGAGAAGAGCCCCACCAAGAUCCAGUUCGAGCUGAAACACAUGGCAGGGGUGUUCAUCGUGGGCCUCUUUGGGUUGGCAUGUAGUGCUGCCUUUUUUCUCUUCAAAAAGUUUUAUUUGCUGGCCAAACCGAUUGAGGUGCCAAAAGAAUGAUACAUCAUCGGGAUCCAGCACUUUAGCAUGUUUGUAAUUGAUCUUCGAGUGAAACUCAGUACACGCAUGGGACAGAAUCGUUUGAACGUGAUCGGGAUGUGAGUACGCAUGGGACGCAUGUUAUGGAUGAUCAGGCAUGUGGGCUGACAGCUACAUUAGUGUGUCGAAUGCGUCAUAUCUAUAAGCGGCCCCAGGGACCCAGGGUUGUCUGGAUGCAACCUCAACGAUGAGCUUGCAUGGAGCCAAAUCUACUAAAUCCAAUUAAAUAGGUAUUCACUAGUGAUUAGACCCGACAAAUAUCGUCGGCUUUUUAAGCGGUUAAACACUGUGUGGACGAUUUUAAUUGUCUCGCAUUCUGAAAGUUUCAUAGCCUUUCUAUUUCUAAAUUAGUACUCUUUCUUGCUGAAAUGUUGUCUACACGCUACCUGUAUUUGCCAUGUUUCCAUUUUAGGCUUUUAUAUCCACAUUCAUCGUUUUAUAUAUUAAUAUAUGUAUAGCA